AUAUUUACAUCAAUUCUCUCAAAAGAAACUUUCUAAAUAAAAAUUAGAAAAGUCUCACGUCCUUCUCUAUCUAUUAACAUGUUGAUUGUUGCGUUUGUGACUCUUUUGGUGGCGGGAGCUUUACAGCCGUUACCUUCAGUGGUGGCUUUGGACGUUCAUCUUCUUCGGCAGCUAGCCGCGAAGCACAAUGUGACAUCUAUACUUGUGUUUGGAGAUUCUAGUGUCGAUCCAGGAAACAAUAAUUUCAUUAAGACCGAUUUGAAAGGGAAUUUUCCGCCUUAUGGUGGAAAUUUCAUCAACCAUAAACCCACUGGCAGACUAUGCGAUGGAUUACUCGCUCCCGAUUUCAUCGCGGAGGCCAUGGGUCAUCCUCCCAUACCGGCUUUUCUUGAUCCAACCUUAACCCCAGCUGAUCUAACUCGCGGUGCAAGUUUUGCCUCUGCUGGUUCUGGCUAUGACGAUCUCACGGCUAAUAUAUCCAACGUGUGGAGUUUCACAACGCAAGCCAAUUACUUUUUGCAUUACAAGAUUCAUCUGACUAAAUUGGUCGGUCCAUUAGAGAGCUCAAAACUGAUAAAUAAUGCGAUAUUUCUUAUGAGUAUGGGAUCAAAUGACUUUCUUCAAAAUUACUUAGUCGAUUUUACUCGACAAAAGCAAUACACGGUUGAACAAUACGUCGAGUUUCUCUCCCGUCGUAUGCUUUACGACGCUAAGAUGUUGCAUAGGCUUGGAGCUAGGAGGUUGGUGGUGGUGGGAGUUCCUCCCAUGGGUUGUAUGCCCUUAAUUAAAUACCUACGAGGCCAAACAACUUGUGUAGAUCAACUAAACCAAGUCGCUUUCUACUUUAACUCCAAAAUCAUCAAGAAUCUAGAGCUUCUCCAGUCUACAAUCGGUUUGAAAACCAUCUACGUUGAUGCUUAUUCGACCAUCCAAGAAGCCAUUAAAAAUCCAAGAAAAUUUGGUUUUGUCGAGCCUUCGAAAGGCUGUUGUGGAACAGGUACAUACGAAUAUGGAGCGACAUGCAAAGAUAUGCAAGUAUGCAAAGAGCCUACCAAAUAUGUGUUUUGGGACGCAGUCCAUCCAACACAAAGAAUGUAUCAAAUCAUUGUCAAGAAGGCAAUUGCAUCCAUCGGUGAAGAGUUCCUUGUUUAGAAUAUACUUUAUGUUCGUAUUACUAUUAUGAUUUAUGUAAAAUUCGAGUAUGCAACUGCAAAAAAUUUAAAAUGUUAUAUUUAAUGGUUCAAACAUUCUAGUCUGAAUAAGUAGAAGAAAUAUUACACUAAUGUGAUAUUACUACA